UUUAUUUUUUCCUUCUCCAUUGGUAGCAUUUAGCAACUUGGCAACUUUCCCAUCCUAUUCCAUCCCCUACAAAAAUCUCACACCCAUAUUAUUCACCUCUUCACUUUACCAAUCCAGAAACCCUAAUUCCUCCUUCCCUUUCCAUGGCGGAUUCCGACAACGAUUCCGGCGGCGGCUGCCAGAAAUCUCCCUCUCCACGUGAGCACGACCGCCUCCUCCCGAUCGCCAACGUCGGCCGGAUCAUGAAAAAGGCUCUCCCUGGGAACGCCAAGAUCUCAAAAGACGCCAAAGAAACCGUCCAAGAAUGCGUCUCUGAGUUCAUCAGUUUCGUCACCGGCGAAGCCUCCGAGAAGUGCCACAACGAGAAGCGAAAGACGAUCAACGGCGACGAUUUGCUCUGGGCUAUGGCGACCUUAGGGUUCGAGGACUAUGUCGAUCCUCUCAAGUUUUAUCUCCAACGGUUUCGAGAAAUUGAAGGCGAGAGGACCACGCUUGCGUCACGUGACUCCGCCAACGCCGCCGCUAACUCCGCCGCAGCUGCCAAUAGUACGUUUUUCGACGGCGGUGGGGAAUUCGGGGAUGGGAUGGGGAUGACGAUGAUGCCUCCGAAUGUUUAUGGUUCUAAUGGGCCGCGUUGGGAUGGGCCUGGGUUUACUACUACGGGUCGGCCCAGGUAGAUGGCCCAGCCCGGCCCAUUGGCUUUGAUUGGGCCCAGCACUAUACACUACUACAUUCAUUACCAUUACCAAUCACCAUGACGGCGAAAUCUCCAUUUUAUCCUCCAUAAAAUGAAGAUGGGCAGCUGAUGGAGGUUUAAGUCUUUUUAAUUUUAUAAAAUUAUAAUGACGUAGAUAAAUAAUAAUAAUAGGCCAUGAAUUUAAUCUAUUUUUAUUUAAUAAAUAUGCAUUUUAUAAUUUUUAUAACAAUUAUAAAUUAUGUUGAAUCGUUACUUUGCUUCCUAAA